AUGAAUCUGGACAAUGCAAGUGCUCCAGAGGUCUUUAUUCUCUUGGGUUUCUCCAACCACCCAUGGUUGGAAAUGCCCCUGUUCUUUAUGGUGCUUGUUGCUUAUAUCUGGACACUGGUGGGCAACACUUCAAUUAUUGUGGUAUCCAGAGUAGAUCCUCAUCUUGACAGCCCUAUGUAUUUAUUCCUUUCCAACCUCUCCUUCUUGGACCUGUGCUUUACCACAACUACCAUACCUCAGCUGCUGCUUAAGCUUUGGGGCCCAGAUAAGUAUAUCAGCUAUGGAGGAUGUGUGACCCAGUUUUAUAUGUUUCACUUCCUGGGAGCCACUGAGUGCAUCCUGUUAGCUGUGAUGUCCUUGGAUCGCUACAUUGCCAUCUGCAAGCCUUUGAGGUACCCAGCUAUCAUGCAUCAGCGACUCUGCAUCUUCCUGGUGGCCGUGGCCUGGAUAAGUGGAUUGGCUAACUCCUUGCUUCAGUCAUCUCUCACUGUCCAGCUGCCACUUUGUGGUAACAACAAGGUAGAUAAUUUUCUCUGUGAGGUUCCAGUGAUGAUCAAGAUGUCUUGUGCUGACACUACAUUCAAUAUAGCUAUGCUCUCAAUUGUGGGGACUUUCUAUUCCCUGGUUCCUUUGUCACUUAUCCUUAUCUCCUAUGGGUUUAUUGUAGCUACUGUGCUUAGGAUUCGAUCUUCAGAGGGAAAGAAGAAAGCUUUUAAUACAUGUGGUUCUCAUGUUAUUGUUGUAUCUCUUUUUUAUGGACCAGUAAUUAUCAUGUAUGUACAACCCUCUGCUGCUAACUCGCAGGACAAGAACAAAUUUAUGUCCUUGUUCUACAGUUUAUUGACUCCUAUGCUUAACCCUUUUAUUUAUACUUUGAGGAACAAGGACAUGAAAGGAGCACUGAGGAGGCUACUUGGCUCAUGUCAUCAAAGAACAGAACAAACAUAA